CAACCACAACCACAACAGCAACAACAGCAACAAUUGCGUUGCCAAAGUCAUCGCCAUCGUCAUCGUCUUGGGAUCAAACAGAUUUGGCUGCCGCUUAUCGUUGCUUUCCUUUCACUGCAGCUCGUUUUGAUCUGGGCGGAUGAGGUUGAGGUGGUGAAGGCGGUCGCCGGUGGUGGCAAUGAUGAGCUCACAUUGGGUAUCUCCGACCAUGACAAUGAGGUGGACCAGAUGGCGCUCGAAUCGGAACAGGAGCAACAGCAGCAGCAACAACAACAACAGCAACAACAACAACAGCAGCAGCAACAACAACAACAACAGCAACAACAACAACAACAGCAAUCGGUUCCAAAGGUGCAAGUGCAUUAUCAACACAAUGGACCACCACCGGCUCCACCACUUGGUCUGAGCCUUAGAAGCAACAAUCAUCAGAAUAUACCGAUGAGCUUUGGACAACCUUUUGGGCCACCACCGCCGCCAGCUGCACAAUUUUAUAAGGGACCACCACCACCAGCUCAGCGUCCACCACCACCGCCACCGCAGGUGCAGCAGCAGGUGCAACAGGUGCAACUGCAAUCGUUGCCCGAUUUGAGUGUGGGCGCAUCCAGCAACAACGAGAUCUGGGCCUCACCCGUCCAGGAUAUGCCCAAGAUAGUGUCGCUGGAUGUGAAGUGCGAAAAGAACGGCAUGAAGGUCUUUGUGCAGUUCGAUAAACCCUUCAAUGGCAUCGUCUUCUCCAAGGGACACUACAGCAACAUGAACUGUGUCCAUUUGCCGUCGGGUUUGGGUCGCAGCUCGGCGAGCUUUGACAUUGGACUCCAUGAGUGUGGAACAGCGGGCAAUACGGAUAACUAUAAUCAGGGUUACGGUCACGAGUCGGGUGGUGGUGGUGCCGGUGCUGGCACAUACUUUGAGAACAUCAUUGUCAUCCAAUACGAUCCGCAGGUGCAGGAGGUGUGGGAUCAGGCACGAAAACUUCGAUGCACCUGGCAUGAUCAGUAUGAGAAGAGCGUCACGUUCCGUCCCUUUCCCGUGGACAUGCUGGAUGUGGUGCGAGCUGAUUUUGCUGGCGAUAAUGUCGGCUGCUGGAUGCAAAUCCAGGUGGGCAAGGGACCAUGGGCAUCCGAAGUAUCCGGUCUGGUUAAAAUUGGACAAACCAUGACCAUGGUGCUGGCCAUCAAGGAUGAUGACUCCAAGUUCGAUAUGCUGGUGCGAAACUGUGUCGCUCACGAUGGAAAGCGUGCUCCCAUCCAGCUGGUGGAUCAGCGUGGCUGCGUCACUCGACCCAAGCUAAUGUCCCGCUUCACCAAGAUCAAGAACUUUGGGGCAUCCGCCUCGGUGCUGUCGUAUGCUCACUUCCAGGCCUUCAAGUUCCCCGACUCGAUGGAGGUGCAUUUCCAGUGCACCAUACAGAUCUGUCGCUACCAUUGCCCCGAUCAAUGCAGCGCCGAGACAAAUCUACAGGAUGUUCACCAUCUGCAGGUCGGACCCGAGUCCCAGUACGGACCGCCACCCCAGCUCCAUGUGGAUGCGUAUCAUGUGGCCAGUGCCAUUGGCAAAAGACGCGACGAGCGACGGGUUCAGCGGCGGGCACGUGCCGUUACAACGCCCACAGAGCAAGUGGGUCUCAAUCGGAUCAUUAAGGUUGUGUCUUCCGGUGAUCUGACCUUUGCCAUUGACGACCCGGCCGGCGGUAAUGGUGCCAAUGGUAGCAACAUUGGCAACAACAUCGGCAACAUUGGCAACACAUCGCCCCAGACCAUGGUAUUCCCCGUUCGCGAGGAGGGACUCAUCUGCAUGACAACGCCAGGAUUUGCCAUAACGCUUAUUGUGCUGCUGGGCAUACUCGUCACAUCCUGCCUGAUGUCCGCCGUGCUCUAUGUACGCCUUAGGCCAUUCUCCUCGUUUGCCGCCAAGGAGCGUGCCGUCGCCUUCACGAAUCCGCAACUGGCAAACGCCACACUUCCCGUCAUCCAUCUGCCCGCGCCGUCCGAUGCGCUGCCGGGCACUCUCUCCAAGAAGCGGGCGCUCUCAUGAGCUCAACAUCCAAUCAGAUAUUAGCAUGAUUCCCAUCUCUAAUCUCUUAUCUCCCAUUUCCUAUCUCUUGCCCCCCCUUGUCUCCAUUCUUGUUAGGUUAGACAAUGAAGUUUUCCAAUCGUAUCGCUAAUUGCUAUUCAUUAGUUUAAUUUUUGACACAAAUUAUUUAUUUAAUUAUGUAGUUCAUGCCGUUCACUGGGUUUCUAACACUCACACACUUGCACUCUCUCAAUCACUCACUCACACUCUUUCUCUCUCUCUCUCUCACUCUCUCAUGGUGGCAGUCAUACUUGAAAGAAUUAACGAAAUCAGUUAAAGCAUUUUAGUUUAAGUCUAGUUUCUACAUUAAAUCGGUGCUAAGCCAAUGCUAUUACAGUUAAAACGAAUUGACCAAUCUGGCAGCUCUGUCGCUGUUAUACAGCUACCAAUCUGGCAGCGCCGUUGCUAUCUUUUCCAUGCAACUGGUAAGAAUCUACUCACACUUGCACUUUCUAUCGUUUCCUCUCUCCAUCUAUCUCUCUCUCACGCUUUCUUGCAGCACUCUCUUUAGACUCUCUUAAAUAUAUAACAUUAUACUUACAUAUAUGCAUGCAUUAGUUAUGCAUAUGUUUCAAUUAGUCACUAAAUA